AUGAGCAUUACAGAACAGCCCAGUGCCAAACAACAGAAGUUGAACUCUACCUUGAGAGUUCAGCUUCGUUCCAAAGAUGCCACAGCCCCAACCAAAGGGUCCGUUUACGCGGCAGGCUACGAUAUCUACGCAUCCAAGGCAACCGCCAUUCCAAGCAGGGGCCAAGGAAUGGUGUCCACAGACGUAUCUUUCACAGUUCCAGUCGGUACUUAUGGCAGAAUCGCCCCUAGAUCAGGGCUCGCCGUCAAACACGGUAUAAGUACGGGCGCGGGCGUGGUCGACAGAGACUACACCGGCGAAGUCAAGGUCGUUCUAUUCAACCACUCAGAAAAGGAGUUCAGCGUUCAAAAGGGUGACCGCGUCGCCCAGCUUAUUCUAGAGCGAAUUGUGGACGACGCCGAAAUCGUGGUCGUGGACUCACUCGAAGAGAGCACCAGAGGCGCUGGCGGCUUUGGCAGUACCGGCAACUAG